AUUAAUUAAUUAAAAUCAUUUCCAAAAUUUUCAAAAUUAACCUUCUUCUUCACUCUUCCCCUCUGUCUCUCUCUCGUCCUGGGCGAUUCCUUCUCCAUCUCCUCCAACAUCUAUUCCCAUUCUGUUUUUCCAUUUCACCAUUUUGGGUUUUUUUUUUUUUACAGAGAUUAAGCGAAUUUGAGUGUGCACCAAUGUUGGAUUUUGAGAAAACCCAGAUCUCUCUCUUCUCCUUUCGUCUUCUUUCUCCAGAUCUGGGUUUGAGAAAACCCAGAUCUGGGUUUUCUCAUCCUCUUCCUCUAUUUCAUCAUGUUCCACAGCAAGUUCAACAAUUAUCCUGCCAAAGAGCAACUCUCUGUUGACUAGCCAAUUGUCGAUGUAUUUUGUUGUGCGGUGAGAGCAAAAGAGCAACUAUUUGUUGACGUACAGUUUGCCUCCGGCCAUGGACUCGACUGAUCCUUCUGUAUCCCCUUUGACUACUACCUCUUCUCUUUCCUUUUCUUAGAUGUGAUUGUCGAUUAUUUGUGUUGAGUCUUGAGGUUUGAUUCUAAUGUUUGAGCAUUUUGUUUUUAUUUUUGUUGAGUGGAUCUACGUAGCUUUUCUUCUUCUUCUUCAAAUUGGGGUUGUUCUUGCUCAUCAGUUUGCUUCGACGAGUAAUGGGUGGCUGAUUUUGGGGUUUGGGGCGAGAAAUUAGAAGUGGGUUUUUGAGAAAAACAGCCAUAGAGGUUUCUUCUCUGACUCCGGUGUCUGUUGAAAAGCGAAAUGGUAAUCCACAUCU